AUGAUACGCCGUCGCCUAUUCAACACAAACCUAACGGCGACGGGCGGCGACCACAUCUCAGACGACUCGAAACCUAAUCAAGCCCUUCUCGCCAAUGCUCCCCCGAUAGGACCAGAUCUCACAACCAUACGCGAUAUCGCCGAGCUCAAACUCAGCUUUCAGCAAAUGAACUCGAAGAUCCAUCAGGCUACUAGUGCGGCUCCACAAAUCGUGAGCGUACUCGCUGCAACCUCGCGAACCCCUUUUACUAGCGCACUGACCAGUGUGCAACUCGGGAAGAUAGAGAAGCUGCGCCUCCCUGAGUACAAGCCCGGAGGAGAUCCGGUGGAACACAUGACGGCUUUCAAUAUCGCGAUGGCACGCGCUCGACUCUCCGAUGAAGAAAGGGACGCAGGCUACUGUCAACUGUUUGUCGAGACUCUCCACGAGCAGGCCCUGACCUGGUUCUCCCAACUAGAGGAGAACUCAAUCGGAAGCUUUCGUGACCUAUCACCGGGUUUCCUCAAGACAUCCAUUAUGUUCACAAAGCGCAGUGUCACUGCUUCUAGCCUGUGGAACCUCAACCAAACAAAAGAUCAGAGCCUCCGCGACUACAUGGAGAAGUUCAAAGCAGUAGUCUCAAGGAUUGAAAUCCCAGACGGCAUCGCCUUCGAUGCCCUGUGGAACACGUUGUGGGUCCGCUUUAAGUUCCGAGAAGACUUAUACCAAAAUCCAACCACGUCGCUCCAAGACGCUAUCGCUCGUUCUGACAACUUUAUCCCAAUGGAAGAAGAUACAAAUGCAAUCCUCAGCAAGAUGAACGCACUGAAAGCACCAGCGACGAAAAAUGCCAACACGCGACAAGAACCGCGCCAGCAUACUCCUAGCGACAAAACGGCCGAAAAGACGGUUACAUUCCGCGGAGAAGGGUGGAACAAAUGGGUCAAAGAGCUCGACUCGUCUGGUGAGCUAACUGAUACUGUCUGCGCGACUCAACCUGCUGUAGCAGCAGGUCCGACGGCAGGCCCUUCCAGAACCGUCGAUCUCACCAAACAUUGCAAAUAUCACGACGUCAAAGGACAUGAUACGACAUAG